GAAAUCUUGCGAUCGCCUCCACGGAAGGAGCUCUCUCUUUCGGUGCAGGUGCCAGAACCCAUGCUUUCCUGUUGUCGUUCUUAUCCCCAAUCUCUUCGAGCUGAAACAGGAAUUCUUUCAUUUUUAAGAAAAUAAUGUCAUACGAGAGUGAGUGCUAGAGCAAUGCAGGCGUAGAUGUGGAGAAGAGGAUAUUUUAGAAACACUUCUAAGGAGAAAGCACUUAGGGAAGCAUUUGCGGGCUUGAGAUUUUGGGAAGAUUCUGAAGCGGGUAUAUUAUCCUAGUUGAAAAAUUGAAGCUCAAGCAUGGGAAAGAGGAAAUCAAGGGCGAAGCCACCUCCAAAGAAGCGAAUGGAUAAGCUUGAUACUGUAUUUUGUUGCCCUUUCUGCAACCAUGGAAGCAGCAUUGAGUGUUGCAUCGACAUGAAGAAUUUGAUUGGUGAAGCUGCAUGCAGGAUUUGCCAGGAAAGUUUCAGCACCACCAUCACAGCGCUGACGGAGCCUAUAGAUAUAUACAGUGAAUGGAUUGAUGAAUGUGAACGUGUCAACAACCUUGAAGAUGAUGCUACCUAAGUUUCUAGUUUGCUGGGAAGUUGUUUCUACCCAAAGCUUCUAGUUUUUGUGUGCGUUCUUUCAAGCGGUCUGUGGAAAGAUGUAAAUACAUCCAGCAUAUCUGAUGGUAGACCAUAAUAGUACGUAGUGGACUGGGGUUGUGCGCUACAUCUGUACUUCAAAUCAAAUAGAGCUAUCAGCGAUGCAUGUGUAUGCUUAUAUUGUAAAGAGCUGCACAGGAUGCUGGAUUGGAUGGUUGCUGUUGAAAUAGUUGGCUUAUUCGUGCGAGAGAACACGGCAUGAUACGGUACUAAUGAUUGUGUUUAAA